AUGAGACCAGGAUAUGCCUCUAUGAUAGCGACCGAAGAAGAAAAGUGUUCCAGAGGCCAGAUGAGCGAUUCGCAGAAUGCUGCAUUGAGGAGCGGAUUGCUUAUGGAGGGACUCAAGACAGGAUGUUCCUUAGCCCCUCUACUCUUUAAGAUAUAUGUCAAAGAGGCUCUGAAAAAAUGGAAAAGAAGAUGUGGUGGAAUGGGCCUACCAAUCGGGGAUUCUAUGCUCUAUACUCUUCUCUUCGCCGAUGACCAGGUUUUGAUAACAGGAGAUCGAGAUGAUGCUCUACAUGCUGAGGGUGCUUUAGGAACAGUUAGAACAAUUUGGAUUGAUUGUAAAUAUAAAAAAGACCGAAUACAUCAUAGUGAUUUGGAUAAUGGUAUGGGCAAAGCAAUAAAAAACUGCUCCAAAUUUAAAUACCUUGGAGUUACUCUUCCCUUAAAUGGCAAAAAAUCUUCUAGAAUAUCAAGAAGAACGAAACAGAUGGUAUAUAACUCUAUCUUUGAAUCUGUUUGUACCUACGGAAUGGAGACGUGGGAACUUAUAAGGAGAAGCAAAGAUAGAUUACUUGCACUUGAAAUGGACUAUUGGAAGCGUAGCAACAGAACAUCUCCCCUAGAACAUGUAAGAAAUGUUUGUAUAAGAGAGGAGAUGAAAGUAAAUGGUACUAUCUUGGAUACGAUAGAAUCCAAGCGAUUGCUAUGGUUUGGCCACCUUCAAAAAAUGGAAGAUGUAAGAAUACCCAAGAGAGUAUGGAACUCGAUCCCAGUAAAGAAAAGAAAACGAGGAAGACCUGCAAGAACAUGGCUCCUUGUUGCAGGAUGA